GCACAAGACACUGGUGCCAACUCACUCCUGCAGCCCCCUAGUCUCAAGCUCACACCAACCAGCAGGGCUCUGCGUGAGCCAAGCAACUCAAGAACACCACGAUGAAGAAGCUUCGCACCACCACCGCCACCACCACUCUGGCUCUCCUUCUCCUCCUCGUCCUCCUAGCAGCCACGUCCCUCCGUGUCGCCAUGGCUGGGUCAGCGUUCUGCGACGGCAAGUGCGGGGUGAGGUGCUCCAAGGCGAGCCGGCACGACGACUGCCUCAAGUACUGCGGGAUAUGCUGCGCCGAGUGCAACUGCGUGCCGUCGGGGACCGCCGGCAACAAGGACGAGUGCCCUUGCUACCGCGACAAGACCACCGGACACGGCGCGCGCACGAGGCCCAAGUGCCCAUGAUCGAUCCACCACCCAUGGCGUCUACAUGGUGAUGGGGAUAAUACCUACCUGAACUGGAAGAAUCCCUAUCAUGUACUGUACUUAGUACCAUGUCGCGGAUCACUACUAUAUUAUACGGAGUAUGCGUGUAAAUCAUGAUCUGAAGCAGGGCUCUGUGUAAAUCAUGAUCGAUCCGACUGCAUGUUGAUAAUGCAUAAUGCUGGCCUACUGGUAUGCCGGUAAAAAUGUCAUGAGCAAAUGUCAUUGUAAUGUAAAACAAACUAUCACGCAUUAGUAGAGUGUGUCCAGUAAUUUCCUUGUUC